AUGAUCACCGUUCCAGUUCUUCUCGAAAACGGAAAGUACACCCUACCUCCGAGCAAGAAAUUGGACGUCGUUAUCGUGCUCGAUUAUGGCCUUGAAGCGCUUCAAGUGCUGCUGGAGGCCAAGGACGAGAUCUUCAAAGCCACGGCAUCUCCAGGAGUGGGCAAGAAGAUCGUCAUGGUUACUGGUACGGAUAGAGAGCCGGAUUAUGCAAUAGAAGGCUACGAGAUCAGAACAUGUACUCUCCUCGUGCGGCUAAAGGAUAUGAGACCCAAGUACCGACUGAGUUACUAUGGCAUCGCCACCGUUCUUCUCCAGCCUGCAUGGUUGUACUACGGAACCUUGAAUCUCAAAGCGUUGGCUACUUUCGAUCAUGAACUCUUGGAACUAAGUGCGCAUACAGUGCGUUGGCUGGCUUUUGAGAAUAUUAGCUGGUUGGAUGGGAAGUUCGCCGAUGCUGCGUGGGACAUGGAGGAGUUGGCGGCGAGGAAGGAGGAGAUUGUUUUCGAAGGGGUUCUGGGGUUGGACUCGGACGGUAGAUAGGGUAGACGGACAUGGUCGUACUCGCAGAACCGCGUGAUGAAUCGCAUCUGGGAUUAAUGUCAGCGCGAUUAGCAG